CGCGUUCACGGCGCAAAUGUUGAAGUUAUUUAUAACUGGUUUUGUUUCUAAUUAUUUUUAUUCACAUUUUUCUAGUAAAAUAAUCAGCUAUUUCAGGUUUAAAAUAAUACAUUGUAAAUCUUCUAUAUUUUAACAUAACAAAAAAUAUAUCAGGAUUUCUAAAUCCAUUGACCUUUUAUAGACAGCUACAGUGUAAUAUUUCUGUCGCACAUUCUAAAACAAUCUAUAGAAAUGAAAACAAUACUUGUGUUAACUUGUCUACAAGGAUGUAAAGAAGCUUUUCAAACAGAUCCAGAGGUGUAUGCUGAAAACCGCCGGGCUCUGCACGCUGUCCAGGAUAUCCUUGUGAAGUCGGAGCACUACAGCGAGGCCCUGAAGAAAGACAAGCUUAAAUAUUUGACCGCUGACUCCCCCAAUGUGCUGAAUGAACUUGAUGAAGCAAAAGCAUAUGUUGUAGGAGGCCUCGUCGAUCACAAUCACCGCACGGUGUUGCACUUACGCACUGCAGGUUGUAAACAGAAGAGAGACUGGAAAGAGGCAUUUUUCACUGUCCUGCCUCAGAGGAAUGGGGCAGUUCCGGUAGGACAGGAAGACGGCACUCCCGAGGUAACAAAACCAGAGAAAGAAGAGACUGAUGGGGUACAAGAUUCAGAUAGCGACUCAGAAACUGGAGAGACAAUCGAGCAGAACACAGCUGUGCCAGACGAGCACAUACACAAAGACAAGAAAGACUUGAGUGCUGGAGACAAUUCAGACGAACCAGCUGAAGGAGGAAAUUCAACGUCACUCACCUGGAAAAGAACAAAAAGGCUUUAAAAUGUACUUUAAUGAAGCGUAGUGUUAGGUAUUGUGCUUGAAAUAAAUACUGUAAAAGGUCAGUGCUCCAAAAUCUAAACCAUGCCUGGUGCAAUUAAAUACAAGAUUGGGCCAUAGAAAUUGUGCGUUGUGCUACAAAGUUCACAGUUACAUUGUGUGAUCCAUGUGUGAUGUAAGUUUACAUUUGUUGCAUCAUGUUUGCCAUGCCCCCCCCCCAC